GUGGAACAAAAUCUGAAAACCAAUAGAGUACAGUCCGCGGAAAACGUUCAUUUAAUAGAAGAGCAAGAAAAAUAUAUAUAUAAUCUAAUUUUUCUCAUAUAUACCCUAUAUAUAUUCUGCCUGUGUAUAUAUGAACAUAAUAUAUAUGCAUCAGUGUACCAAAAAUUGUUAUACAUAAAAUAAAUUGCGAAAGAAAGAAAUACCAUUAUCAACUAUAAAUAGUGCCUUAAUGCUCAAAGGAAUAUAAAUUUUAAUAACGAAAAAACCAAACGACGUGAGCGAAUCUUAUAAUUUAAUAGAACCAAUAAAAGGAGGAGAGAGCAAAAUCGACACACGCCCGCAUGUUCGAGUUAAAGGUUUAGAAUCGUAACGAAGAAGAGCCGAACCGAAGAUUGAGAACCGUACCUGAAGGAAAUCGAAAGAUGACUUUCACCCGAUUAAAGACUCUGACAUUGCUCGUGUGUGCUCUGCUGGCACUGAGUUUUCCCGGAUAUGUGAAUUGCGCUAACAACAAGAAAGGAUCGCAGCCAGCCGCCGCGCCGCUUGAGCCAGAGGCCGUCAUCGAGGAGGUCAAUGCCAAGCAGUUGGAGAAGCUCUUGGCCGACAAGGAUUACGUUGCCGUUUUCUGGUAUGCGCGCAGCUGUGUGACCUGUGAUAAGGUUUUAGCGGAACUCGAAAAAAUCGACGAUGACACCGACUCCUUCGGUGUGGACUUUGUGAAAAUCAACGACAAACGACUAGCAAAACAAUAUGGCAUCAAGAACUUCCCCGCCCUCACCUACUUCAGGGAGAAGGAGCCCAUCAUCUAUGAUGGCGAUCUCAUGGACGAAGAGGGAGUUCUCGACUUUUUAACCUCGCUGGAGGCCAUGGAUCUGCCCGACCGCAUCGAGGAGGUCAAUGCCAAGAUAUUGCAGAAGAUCAUCGAGGACACCGACUUCGUGGCCGUCCUAUUCUAUAAGCAGCAGUGCCGCAAGUGCGCCAAGGCCCUGCAGGAGCUGGAGAAUAUCGACGACGAAGCUGACCAGCUGGGCAUCGGAUUUGUGAAAAUACACGACGAGGCCUUGGCCGAUGAAUACAACUUGGGCGGUCUGCCUGCACUGGUCUACUACCGCCACCAGACUCCGAUCAUUUACGAAGGUGAACUCCAGCGUGAGGAGGAUGUCUUGGAGUGGUUGGUGCAGAAUAAGUCGACGGGCGACGAGGACGACGUGAUAGAAGACGUCACAUCCAAGACGCUGUCGACGCUGAUCAGCAACAUUGAUAACUUGGUGGUGCUGUUCUAUGAUCACGGCAAUGACGACUCGAUGACCGUGUUGGAAGAGCUAGAACAGAUUGACGACGACUGCGACAAGCAUGGCAUUCAGUUUGUGAAAAUCGACGAUGCCAAGGCGGCAGCCGAUUACGGAAUCGAUUCGAUUCCGGCUAUUGUUUACUUUGAAAAAGAAAUUCCAAACGUUUACGACGGCGAUCUCAUGGAUGAGGAACAAAUACUGAAGUGGCUGUUGAGCCAGUUGGAACGCGAUGAGAUCGAGGAUGUCACCGACGAAAUGCUCGACACAAUGAUCAAAGAAGGACGCGUCAUUGCGGUGCUGUUCUACGACAACAACGACAAGAAGUCCCAGAAGGUGCUCGAAGAGCUCGAGAACAUUGACGACGAGUGCGAUGCCCUGGGCAUUACCUUCGUGAAGAUCGACAAUCCCGAGGAGGCCGUUGAAUAUGGCAUCAAUAAAGUUCCUAAGCUGAUAUACUUUGAAAAAGGCAUUCCAACUAUUUACGAAGGCAACCUGGAGGACGAGGAGAAGCUCCUCAAGUGGCUUACAGACCAAACAAGUUCCGAUCAAAUCGAGGACAUUACCGACGAAAUGUUGGACUUGAUCAUUGAGAAAAUGCCCCAUGUUGCUGUGCUCUUCUACGACAAAGACCAAAAGAAAUCACAGAAAAUCCUCGCAGAAUUGGAAAACAUCGACGAUGAGUGCGAUCAGAAUGAUAUUGCCUUUGUCAAGAUCGAUGAUGACAAGGAGGCCAAAGAAUGGGGUAUCGAUGAGAUUCCCUCGAUUGUACUCUUUGAGCGCGGCAUUCCACACAUCUACGAGGGUGAUCUGAUGAAAGAAGAUGAGCUUCUUGGCUGGUUGGUCCACCAGAAGCGCUAUUCCGAGAUUCCGGAAGUCACCGAUGAAAUGAAGGACAAACUGGUCGAGAAUACCGAGCAUCUGGCGGUUAUCUUCUAUGACAAGGACGAUAAGCAGGACAUGCGCAUUCUCAACGAGCUGGAGAACAUUGACGAUGAGCUAGAGAAAGAGGGAAUUGUCAUUGUGCGCAUCGAUAAUGCCGCCGAAGCCAAGGAAUACGGUCUCGACCAUUUGCCCGCCCUCAUCUACUUCGAGAACAAAAUCCCAGCCCUCUACGAAGGCGAUCUGAUGAAUGAGGAUGAGGUACUGGAGUGGCUGCUGGUCCAGAAGAAGACUGCCACCAUUGAGGAGGUCACCGAUGAGAUCCUCGUCAACCUGAUCAACGAGCACGAAUAUGUCGUUGUCUUCUUCACGGGUCCCUGCGAACCGGGCGAGACCUGCGACCACACCCUGAACGCCCUGGAGACCAUAGACGAUGAGUUGGACGAGGCUGGAAUCAUUUUCGUUACCACUGAGGAUACCGGAGUCGCCAAGAAAUACAAUGUCAAGACUUAUCCACGUUUGGUAUUCUUCAGAAACCGUGAUCCGCUGCACUUCACAGGAGAUCUUGAUGAUGAGGACGAAGUGUUGGCCUGGAUCACCGACGAUGAGACCCUCGAGAUUCCCGGGAAGAUCGAGGAGGUCAAUGUGAAAAUGCUGGAUAAGAUUUUGGCUGAAAACGACCACGUCGUCGUGUUCUUCUAUGUCGAAGGAGAUAAGAAGGCUCAGAAGAUCCUCAACGAAUUGGAGAACAUCGAUGACGAGUGCGAGGAAAAAGACAUCGACUUUGUCAAGACAUCCGACGACGAUAUUGAUAAGGAAUACGAUUUGCCCGGUCUGCCGGCACUUGCAUUUUAUAGACAUAAGUUUAGAACAAUUUACACCGGUGAUCUGAUGAAGGAAGAGGAAAUUCUGGAAUGGGUUAUCGAUUUGCAUGAGUCUACUGCUGAUGUCAUUGAGUCUGUCGAUCGUAAGACCCUGCAGGUCCUGAUCAACGAUGUUGAGCAUCUGGCUGUGUUCUUCUAUGAUGACGAGUGCGAAUCGUGCUCGGAUAUCUUGGAUGAGCUUGAGAAUAUCGACGACGACACCGAUAAGCAUGGCAUUCAGUUUGUCAAAUCAAACGAUGUUAAGCUGGCCCAUGAGAUUGGCAUUUUCGCAUUCCCAGCUUUGGUCUACUACGAGACUGGAGUCCCGAUCAUGUAUGAUGGCAAUCUGGAGAGCAACCAAGAGGUCUUCAACUGGAUUCUCGAGCAGAAGGCCGACCAAAGCAUAGAGCUUAUUAAUCGUGAUCAACUCCUCGAAUAUAUAGGCACCAAAGACUUUUUAGCGGUUGUAUUUUACAAAGAAGAUGAUCCCGACUCGCCUCGCGUGCUGCGGCACAUCGAACUAAUCGACGACGAGGCCGCCGAGUAUGGCAUUUAUGUAGUGAAAAUGCACGACAAGCUGAUGGCCAAGAAGUACGGAUUCAGGAACCCUCCCGGUCUGACCUACUUCCGCAAGGGCAAGUACAUCAACUACGACGGCGACAUCGACGACGAGGAGGAGGUUCUCGACUGGCUGACCAGUCCGGCCAACAUGGAGAUGACCGAUCACAUCGAGCAGGUCAACCGCAAGAUGUUUGAGAAGAUUCGCAAGAACUCGGACUACGUGGCCGUGAUCUUCUAUAGCGACGAAUGCAAGCAGUGUCCUCGCGUGCUCGUCGAGGUGGAGCACAUUGACGAUGAAGCGGACAAGGCGGGCAUUGACUUUGUGAAGAUCGACGACAAGCAAAUGGCCAAGGAGUUCGGAGUCUUUGCCCUGCCGGCCAUCGUCUUUUUCAAGCCCACAUCGAAGGAGCCAGUCAUAUACGCCGGGGAUCUUUAUGAAGAAGAGCAAAUCCUCACUUGGUUGAUCACGCAAAAGGAUCCAAGUGGAGAUGUGAUUGAAGAUCUCGAAGGCGAACGACUCGUUCAUUUGAUCGAAGAGUCGGGCUCCAUAGCUGUCUACUUCUGGAACAAAACAAAAUGCGACAUUUGCACAUCGAAAGCGGCCCGCAAGGCCCGACUGAAAAAGGAACGCGAACAGCAUCAGCAGGAGGGUGGAGCUGCCAGUGCUGCUGCCGCCUUCGGCGGCGAAACAGAUGCUGGCGAGGCGGCUGCUGGUGGGGCAGAUGGGUCGGCAGCGGCGGCUGCAUCAACGGAUUCAUCAGCUGGCAAGCAUGAAGAUGAUGCCGAUGGCUGCGAGCAAUGCACCAAGGUCCUGGAGGAGCUGGAGAACAUCGACGACGACUGCGACAAGCACGGCAUAACGUUUGUGAAAACCAGAGACUUUUCUGUGGCCGAUGGCUACGGCGUCCACGAGUAUCCGGCAUUGGUCUACUUCGAGGGAGGCAUACCCAAUGUGUUUGAGGGUGAGCUCAGCGAGGAGGAGGAGGUGCUGCAGUGGCUGAUCACACAGAAGACCGAGGAUCGCAUCGAGCUCAUUACACGGCAAAUGCUCGAGACCAUGGUGGAGGAGACCCAAUAUCUCGCUGUGUACUUCUACAAAAUCAACUGCAACAUCUGCGACCAGAUAUUGGAGGGGUUGGAGCUAAUCGACGACGAAUGCGAUGUCUUCGGCAUACACAUGGUCAAGAUCCAAGAUCCGCAGUUAGCCAAACGCUAUUCCAUCAAAACCUUCCCCGCCUUGGUAUAUUUCCGCAAUGGCAAUCCUCUGCUGUUCGAGGGCGACCUCCAGAAUGAGCAAUCGGUCUUGGAGUGGCUGAUUGAUGACGACAAUCGCGAGUUGGCCGACGAAAUCGAGGAGGUCAACGAGCGCAUGCUGGACCGCCUGAUGGCUGAGUCCACCCUCUUGGUGGUUUUCUUUUAUGAUGAUGAUUGCGCUGAGUGCGAGGAAAUAUUGGAGGACCUGGAGGAGAUCGAUGGAGAGGCCGACAUGUUUGGCAUUGACUUUGUGAAGAUAGCCAGCAUAGACGCAGCGAAGAAAUACGAAAUUGUCAAUAUACCUUCUCUGGUGUAUUACCGGAAACAAGUACCCGUCCUGUAUGACGGAGAUAUGCAUCAACAUGACAAGGUCAUCACAUGGCUUACCUCACAAGAUGUGUUCGAAAUCAAGAACGAAAUAGAAGAAGUCAACCGAAAAAUGCUGGACAAGCUGCUUGAAGAGAAUGAAUUCCUGUCGGUGUUCUUCUAUGAGCACAAUCAUCCGGACAGCAUCGCCUCGCUGGAGAAGCUGGAGAAUAUCGACAGCGAGACGGAUAAUCUGGAUAUUACGUUUGUGAAAAUGGCCGAUUCACGCUAUGCCAAGAAAUGGGGCGUCACAAAGCUGCCAGCAAUGGUAUACUUCCGUCGCCGCUUCCCCAGCAUAUACAGAGGUGACCUACUAUCCGAGGAUGAGGUGCUGGAGUGGCUGCGCAAGAACCGCUUCCGCCAGCCUGAGCUGAACAUCUUUAUGUAUGCCCUGAUCGCCCUGGCGCUGGCCUUUGUCAUCUACACGGCCUUCCUGCUGCAGUGCUUUAAGCCAGCACCGCCGCCACCCGUUCAGCACCCCAAGCAGUCUUGAGCGGUUUGGCUAAGAGAGCACUGGGGGACAUCGGGAGCAAGUACUGAAACACGUUCUACGAUCUGAUAUCAAGGAGGGGCUUCGGGACGAGAGCGAAUCAAACCUGGAAUGAACAUCGAAUAUUACCACCACCACCACUACCACCACCACCACACUCUUACAAUCACACACACACACGGAUGUAUAUGUUUAUUGAUCUAUCAUCCGAUCGUCUAAAUUAGACGCCGAUACAAACGACAGUGCCUGGGCCACGACUGGACUGAGACUGGGACUGGGACUCUGCCACAAGUUGCCCCAAGUAAAGACGAUGCUUUGGAUACUUUCCAAUAUCUUUUGGGACAGUUUGCGAACAACUUUGAUAAACUCUGAUAUACGUCGAUAUAUCAAAAUAUCCAUCCACAAACAUAUGCAUAUCAUCCGUCACAUCAUUUGUCUUCUAAAUUCAUUUGUGUACUUAAAGGAGAAUCAAAUAAAACAGAAAACACUCAAGUCAUAGUAAUUACUUUAAAUUUAAAUGCGAUAAUAUUGUUGAAUAAAUGCCAAUGAUAAUUUUUACAGUAAAA